UGACGUCUGGUAUUCAGAUUGUUUGGAUCAGUGUGCUGUGAAUAUGAAAUCAAUUGCAUUGCAGUUGCUGCUGUUGGGCUGCCUUUUGGCUGUGGUUUGCGCCACACCGGGCAAAGUAGUUAUCAAUGGCAAGUGCAUAGACUGUAAUCGACCGGAAGAUGACGAUUCGGUGAUUAUUCCAGGAGACAGAAAAGUCGCGGGUGCAGCUACUCAGGCCUUGGCUUCGGGUGCUGUGGGCUUUGGACUAUUGUAUUAUCUCAUAAGUGUUUUUCUGCAUAAAUAGAACUUAUAAUUAAAUAAAGUCGCUUUGAGUGAAAAUAUUGAAA